AGUCCGGAAAUGGGAGUACAGUAAGUAAAAGUUUCGACUCAGUGCUGUUGCGCAACUACAGUCAGGUGUAGAGUUGUUUUGAUUCAUUUUAAAUCAUUUCUAGCUGUGCAAAAUGGGUCGCAAGGUCACACUAGCGACUUGCUGCUUAAAUCAGUGGGCUCUGGAUUUUGAAGGGAACUUGUCAAGGAUACUUAAAAGUAUUGAGAUAGCCAAGCAGAAAGGAGCCAAGUACAGACUAGGACCAGAGCUAGAAAUCUGUGGCUACGGCUGUGCAGAUCACUUCUACGAGUCAGACACACUGCUACACUGUUUCCAGGUUUUGAAAUCUCUACUAGAAUCUCCUUUGACCCACGAUAUCAUCUGUGAUGUGGGAAUGCCUGUCAUGCAUCACAAUGUUCGAUAUAACUGCAGAGUCAUCUUUUUGAACAAAAAGAUACUGUUAAUCCGUCCUAAAAUGCUUUUGGCUAAUUAUGGCAACAACAGGGAAUUUCGAUGGUUUUCACCUUGGAGUCGACCCAGACAUGUUGAGGAGUACUUUCUACCCAGAAUGAUCCAAGAUGUGACAGGGCAGACCACAGUGCCGUUUGGAGACGGGGUGCUGUCCACCAAGGACACCUGCAUAGGGAGUGAGAUUUGUGCUGAGCUGUGGAACCCCAGGAGUCCACAUGUUGACAUGGGUUUAGAUGGCAUUGAGAUUUUUACCAAUUCCUCCGCAAGCUACCAUGAGCUACGCAAGGCUGACCACAGGGUGAACUUGGUCAAAUCCGCCACCACAAAGAGUGGAGGGAUUUAUCUGUUUGCCAAUCAGAAGGGCUGCGAUGGAGACCGUCUGUACUAUGAUGGCUGUGCUAUGAUUGCCAUUAAUGGGGAUAUUGUUGCCAGAGGAGCGCAGUUCUCACUCGAGGAUGUAGAGGUUGUCACGGCCACUCUGGAUCUGGAAGAUGUGCGCAGCUAUCGAGGAGAGAGAUGUCACCCACAUAUGGAAUAUGAGCACAAAGCGUAUCAGAGGAUGAAAACGGACUUCUGUCUGUCUGACUGUGAUGACAGGUGUCUGCCUACGCACCAACCUGUGGAGUGGAUCUUCAACACCCCAGAAGAAGAGAUCAGCCUUGGUCCUGCCUGUUGGUUAUGGGACUACUUAAGGAGAAGUGGACAGGCUGGCUUCCUUCUUCCUCUUAGUGGUGGUGUGGACAGUUCAUCUUCGGCCUGUAUUGUGUACUCAAUGUGUGUGCAGAUCUGCCAAGCCGUCAAAGAUGGCAAUUCUCAGGUUCUGGAUGAUGUGAAGCGUGUGGUCAACGAUUCGUCCUACAGGCCCGAGGACCCGCGGGAGCUGUGUGGACGCCUCUUUACCACAUGCUACAUGGCUAGUGAAAACUCUUCUGAGGACACACGCAACAGAGCCAAAGAUCUCGCUGCUCAGAUCGGCAGCAAUCACCUGAAUAUCAACAUUGACAUGGCAGUGAAAGGCAUGCUGGGAAUCUUCUCCAUGGUCACAGGGAAGUGGCCUCAGUUCCGAGCUAAUGGAGGAAGUGCUAGAGAGAACCUGGCUCUUCAGAACGUCCAGGCUCGUGUCAGGAUGAUUUUGGCCUACCUCUUUGCCCAGCUCUGUCUGUGGGCUCAGGGAAAACCCGGUGGUCUCUUAGUUCUUGGUUCUGCAAACGUGGAUGAGAGUUUGACUGGAUACUUCACAAAGUACGACUGCUCCAGUGCUGAUAUCAAUCCGAUUGGAGGUGUUAGUAAGAUGGACCUGAAGUGCUUCCUGCAGUACUGUGUGAAACGCUUCCAGCUCACCGCCCUCGUAACCAUUUUAGAUGCUCCACCAACUGCAGAGCUUGAGCCACUGACUGAUGGCAAGGUGGUCCAGACCGAUGAGGCCGACAUGGGGAUGACCUACUCAGAGCUGUCUGUGAUUGGCCGACUCAGGAAGAUCUCCAAGUGUGGCCCGUACAGCAUGUUUUGCAAGCUCAUUCACUCAUGGAAAGAGACCUUCUCUCCCUCACAGGUGGCUACUAAAGUGAAACAUUUCUUUAGGAUGUACUCAAUCAACAGACAUAAGAUGACAACAGUAACACCCUCUUAUCAUGCUGAAAACUACAGUCCUGAUGACAACCGCUUUGACCUCCGACCUUUCCUCUACAACACGCAGUGGACCUGGCAGUUCCGCUGCAUCGACGACGAGGUGGGUUUGAUGGAGUGAUAUGGAGUCCAACGUUUAUUCCUUUGAUCCUCGGUCCAAAGAUUAAUCUCGGCCGCUGAUGUGAUCGAGAGUUGCUGUACUUUAUAUACUGUAUGAUACAUCACAUAUGAAGAUAUUCAAAUGCUUUAUGAAGAUCUUUAUUGACAUUCAUGCUUCAAUAAAGAAUGUUUAACAUCCAUGGAGCAUUAAAGGUUCUUUAUAGUG